GACGCGAGGGAGGAAAGCGCCCUGCAGGCGCUGCCGAUCGGCGUGCAGCUGCACAUCAUGUCCUUCCUUUCGCCCCAAGAUUUGUGCCACUUGGGAAGCACGAGUUGUUACUGGAGGGCGGCUGUGCAAGAUCCGUUGGGGUGGAGGGAUUUUCUCCUGAGGGAUCUCCCCUCUUGGACAUCCGUUGAUUGGAAAUCACUCCCAGAUGUGGAGGUUUUUAAUAAAGCCUUUUCAGAUGCCAGCGAUAACGCACUGUAUGAUUACAUGGCAGUGUACAAGAAAAGCUGUCCUCAGAGCAGAAGAAGUUUGAAAUCAAGCCGUCCCCGGUAUGAGGCUGUGGCUUCCUUCCUGCAGUCGCUGGUCACUCAGGCAGAACCUCGCUUUGCUAUGUUUGGGCCAGGUUUGGAAGAGCUGGAUGACUCUCUAGUGCAAAAGAUGAUGACAUGUCCAGAAAUUCUGCUAGUAGCUGGCCUACCUCAAAGACAAAUUCAUGGAAUUGGAUCAGGAGUCAGUUUUCAGUUUAAUAACAAUCAAAAAUUCAAUAUUCUGACACUGUAUUCAACCACCAGUGUGGAAAGGAGGAAAGCGAGGGCAGAGCAAGCUGUUGCUGUGAAUAAGAUGUUCUACCAGGAGAACAGCAUAGUAGGGAAUCAGCAAGCCGUGCACUACAGUGUAAUAGAUCAAGUGAAAAAAGUGUGCCAAGUAGUUGAUGGAUUCAUUUAUGUUGCUAAUGCAGAAGCUCAUAAAAAGCAUGAUCGUCAAGAGGAACUGGCUCGUAUUUUGGCAAUGAUUGACCCAGCCCUUGGGCCUGCAAACAGACCUCUGCUAGUUUUGUCUUGUGUCUCUCACACUGGUAUGGAAAGAAUUCCAUGUGUUUACAUGGCACAUCAGUUGCAACUAAAUCUGCUACGUCAGCCCUGGAUGGUGCAAGACACUGUAGCUGCAACUUUAGCUGGAUUACUAAAUGGAAUUGAGUGGCUCCUGGAAGAAGCAAAUUGUAAAACUACACAGUAA